AUGGAUUUUAAUCCAUUCACUCAGCCUUCAAACUUUGUUGAGCUGCUUAGCAGUCAACAAAAUGUAAUCUUCGGAAACGUAUCAGAUAGCGUGUCACAAUCUUCACCGCAAGUUCCCUUGACCGAUGAUUCAAACUUUUGUGAAGACAGUGAAGCAGUGCCGAAGGAAAGAAGGACUUGGACGCCUUCAGACGAUGUGCUGCUCAUCAGCUCGUGGUUAAACACGAGCAAAGAUCCCGUAAUAGGGAAUGAGCAAAGGUGCAAUGCUUUCUGGAAAAGAAUAGCUGACUACUUCUCUGCUAGUCGAAGGCUUGCUGGCAGUGAGAAGAGAAAGGCUUCUCACUGCAAGAAUCGGUGGCAGAAGAUCAAUGACCAAGUAUGCAAGUUUGCUGGAGCAUACGAGGCUGCAUCGAGAGAGAGAACGAGUGGGCAAAAUGAGAACGAUGUUCUCAAAGUGAGAUUAAAGGAAGAUUAA